UUCCAACCACCGUGAAACUUGUAGCUAAAAAAAGGGUGAUCCUCUUCAUGGCUCCGACGAUCCUAGGCUUGGUUCCCCCAAUCCUUUCCCUUGCAUGCAUGUCGCAAAGCUCCAUGCAGGUAUAGUGCCAUGGCGCGGAGGAGGGUGCAUUCAAUGGGUCCCGGAUUGAUUGCGCCAUUCGAGUGCGAGCACGCACGCACGCCCAAGCAGCGACGAAGGUGAGGGUUGGAUGUCGAGGGUGAACCGCCACCGUCCCUCGGGCCGGCUUGGGGAGCGAGUGGAGUUCAACUUUUGUAGCCUCUGCGCCGUCCAGGUGCCAGUAGUAUCUGACAGGUUGUUACUUUCUAUAAUCUCAGUGGACACAGGCAAAACAAUUGCCAGGUCCAGUAAAGCUGCCGCUCGAAAUGGAAUUUGUCAAUGGCCUGACUCGAUCCUGGAAUCAAUAUGGUUUUCUCGAGAUGAAGUGUCAAAAGAAUAUGAAGAUUGUCGAUGUAGGAUUGUUGUUUCCAUGGGAUCAACAAGAGGUGCUAUUCUCGGGGAAGUUUUUCUAAACUUGAAUAACUAUCUGAGUUCGGAUGGCUCGACUGCAAUCUCAUUGCCAUUGAAGAAAUGCAAUUCGGGAACAAUUUUACAGCUUAAGAUUCAAUGCCUUGGCACAAAGUCUAAAUCAAGUCCAAGGAAUGAUGACAUGGACAACAAAUCAGAUGGUUCCAAUAGCUUGAUCACCAGAAAUGCUCAUUUCUCAUCAAGAAAUGAUUUAGGUGGUUUUCAUCAAGAUGAAGUUGGGAUUAGGGAUUCAAGCUUCUCACCAUCUCAAAGGAAUGAUUCUGAUGGGGGAUUGUACAUAGAGAGUUCUCAAACUUCAGGUCAAAACAUGCUGCAGGAGAGUAUUGAUGAGUCAUCCUUAAGUGGUUUCAAUCAUUUGUCGUCAGGGGCAUCUGGUUCAUCCAAAGAUCUUCUUGAUGCCGCUGAAGAAACAAUUGAAGAACUUCUUAUCGAGGCACAAAUGUGGGAGAGCCAUUAUCAAAAAUUGAAAAUUGAUCUAGAGAAAUUACAGAAGGAGUCUGAUGAAAAAUCCAAGAAUCAGACUGAGAUAUUGCUAGAACUUUCUGCUUCACAAGCCGAACAAGAGUCGUUGAGACAAGAAAUUGAAGAAUUGAAAUUGUCUUUGAAGGUGGCUACUGAACGACAAACAGUUGGUGGAAUUUCCAAAUCUGGUGAUGCAAUAGAUGUCCAAUUUGAGCUAAAAGAUGAGGUACACUUUUUGAGGGAAUCAAAUGAAAACUUAACAAUGCAACUGAAGAAGAGUCAAGAUGCAAAUAUAGAGCUUGUUUCUAUUCUUCAGGAACUGGAAGAAACAAUAGAGGCACAAAGAACAACAAUCUCCAAUUUCACUCAAAUGAGUAAUAUGAUUGAUCAAGAUAUACCCACGAAUGCAUUAUCAGCUCAAGAGGAUGCAGAGUGGGAAAGAAAGAUGUCAUUGAAAGAAGAUGAAAUCAUAGCAUUGAGGGAGAAAUUGGAUCGUGUACUCAGCAUAGAAAAUCCAGGUGGUGUUGGUUCUGAUGCUAUAUAUCUUGAACUGGAAAAGGAGAAUGAUUUUUUGAAGGUUAAAAUGCAAGAUCUUGAGAAUGAUUGUUCUGAAUUAACAGAGGAAAAUUUGGAGCUUAUACACAAAUUGAAAGAAGUUAGUGGGGUCGAAGAACAAGAUUCUUGCCUUUCUGAUAUUGAGGUAAUGUUAAAUGCGACAGGUCUUUCUGGGACUUCAAAAUCUAGAGCAAAAUACCUAGAAAGAAAAUGUGCUGACCUUGAGCAGAAGAUGUUGAAUUUUCAAUCGGAGUCUAGAGAACUAGAAGAGAAGCUCAAAAAAAGCCACGAGGAUCUAAAAGGACAAACUCUUGAAUUAUCUGAGCUUAGAGAGAACCUAAGUAGAUUCCGUGCUAUGGAGCUAGAGAGAGGGGAAAUCAAUUUUUCAAGAGGCUACCAGUUAAGAAGUGAAGAACUAGGAGAUAUUGAAACCGAACUGAAACUGUUGAAGAGUACUGUUCAACUCAAAGAAAAAGAGAUCGAAGGAUUACAACAUUCUAAACUAGAAAUGGAAACCUUUAUAGAUAGUGUACUUGGACCAAAGAUACAUGAGCUUGAAAUCUACAAAGUGGAACUAGAGUUGCAUAUAUCAAGGCUAGAAGAUGAAAAAAUAGAAUUAUUGGAGUCCAUUUCUGGAAUGGAGGUUGAGUUGACUAAUUUGACAAGUGAGUACGAGUCAUGUAUAGUUCAAAUGGAUGAUUCUAGAACAAUGAUCAUAGAUCUCAAGGAUAAAGUAGAAAGGAAUCAAAUGGAGUUGGAAGCUCAAAAGGUGGAAUUGAAGAAAAAACAACUAGAAUUUCAGAAAAUAUUUUUAGAGGCACAAGAUGAUUCAGAGGCUCUAAGAAGAUUGAAUGCUAAACUGCAGGCUAAAGUUCAUAAUCUUACUGAAGAAUACAAUUCUCUUCAAGAAUUAACGGAUGAUCUAAAGAAGGAAAAGUUGGAAUUACACAGUUUUGCUAAACAAUUAGAGCAGAAAUUGGAGCACUCGAAAAGAAGGACCACAGAUUUUUGUACAACUGUGGACUUACUAGAGGUAAAACUUUCUUCGAUUCAGAAAGAUAUAUCUUUAAAAGAGCAAUCUUUUCUCUUGGAACUAGACAAUAUAUUUCAUGAGCACAAGGAUCAUGAAGAAAAGAUAAAUCGUGCACAUUUCCUUUUAAACAAGAUUGAUAAAGAAAAGGCUAUUGAGAUAGAGAAUCUUGAGAGGGAGGUCAUCAGCCUUACUGCGCAACUAUCUUCAACACAUGGGGAGCAAGCAAGUUCCAUGGUGGAUACUAUUCGUGAGGCCUCCAUCCUUCGAGCAGACAAGGCAAAACUUCAGGCUAAUCUUCAUGAUGUAAAUGAACAGUUGAGACAUUAUGAAUCUCUACUAGAAGAUAUACACAAGGAGUCAAAAAGGAAGAUUAAAUCCCUUACCGAUUCACUCAAUGUAUCGAAACAAAAUGAAGAAAUGCUGAAGAUAGAUGCCGAGGCUGUCAGAAGGCUGAUGGAAGCUGCUAAAUCCAAUGAAGAAAAUUUAAGAAUAACUUCAAAUGAACUAGAACUGAAAUAUAAAUCUAGCGAUUAUGAGAAACAACAAAUAAUGGAAGAAAAUUAUGGAUUAAAAAUUCAAGUUCGAAAAAUAGCAGGUGUCCAAGAUGAACUUUUGGAAGUGCAAAGUUCCCUUGAUGAGGCUCAAUUUGAAAAGGAGAGACUAGAAGGGAUACUUCGGUUGAUAUCUGAAGAAUGUGAUGAACUAAAGGUGCAAAAUGCCAUGUUAACAGACAAAGUCUCAAUGAUGCAGGAUACUUCAAACAAUAUCAUUGAAGAAAAACAAACUAAAACAUCCAUGCAAACAAAGAUGAGUACCAUAAAUGAGGGGAACAAUGAUCUAGCUACUGAUAACAGAGGUUGUUGUCUAGUUAAUGAGGAACCAGACCUGCAAGUAAAGGUCCAAUCAUUGGAAAGCGGACUUGCCGAAGUUCUAGAGAAAAAUAGCAUGUAUAUGACACAGGUGAAGAGCCCCACUACAGAGCAGCAAGCUGGGAGUAGGAAUGGAGAGGGGAAUAACGAUGACAAAAUAGCACACCUAGAAUCAGAACUAAAAUACAUACAAGACAAGUUAUUAAACAUGAGCUUGCAGUAUGCGGAAGUAGAGGCCCAACGGGAGGAAUUAGUGAUGGAGCUUAAAAAUGUGAAUGCAAAGAAGGGGGGACGGUGGUUCUAGCAAUUAGUGACAGAGCUCAAAAGCUGGAUGCCACAGUCAUGAGGCCCACAUGCCACAGCACAGCGAAGCUGAAGCAGGUUUUUUGUCUCUAUGUCUGUUUUUGGAACCAAGGAUAGGGGCUCUGUCAUUCAUAUCAGGAAGAAGAGAACACACCUUCCACUCGGGAAACAUGUUGUGAAAACUGCCAGAGGCAUCCAGAUCUUGGAGGUCACCAUCGCGAGAAUUGAGCAAGCGCAGCAAGAACCACAGGUGUUUUGUAGCCUCAGAAACAAAUCAGACAAUGAAUAUUUUGAGAACUUGGGAUGCCCUGGUCGUCUUGAGCUGCCAAUAUUAUACGACUAUGUUGGCUAGAGUGACCAAUCAUGUUUAUAUGAUCAUACAAAUGACCCUGCCUUUUUAUACUACGCACAACAUAGCUGCUGAUAGACGUAGCUCCUCCUGAACUGUGCCUGGAAAGAAUUAGAUAUAUGGUAUUAAUAUUAUGUGCUAGUUCUUUUUACUCUGCAAAGAACUUGUAGGAGACUUUUGUGGAGGUAACAUGUAUGCAUGAUUUGUCUUUAUUUAUGCAA